UUGGAGUUCGAUCGAUGUGGAAUUGUGCAACGACUGUUUCUAGUCCCAUGAAAUUUGUGCCCGGGGUUCCGAGAGAGUGUGUGUGCGCGGUCUGUCGCGGGGAAUAAAACAAGUGAAAGAAGCGUCGUCGGCCCUGUCUUCGCGUCCGGUUGGAUAACACCUUCGGAGGAAGAAAGCGAGCGUGCCCAGAGCGAUCCUGUUUCGCUCUGUUCGCAUCGCGCGCCACGAAACGCGCACCUAUCCAAGGUCGUCGUCGUCGCUCGUAUCGCACCGGUAACCCGCUUCCGGGACGGAAAGGAGAACCGGAGAGAGAGAGUCCUCGAUCAUCAUCAUCAUCAUCAUCAUCAUCAUCAUCAUUAUCAUUAUCAUCAUCAUCAUCAUCGACGACGAACAGAGUAUUUCCAUUUCGCUUUCGAUUUCGAUCUCGACUUGGUUCGUGUCUCGCGAGCCGGGCUACACGGCGGUUUCGUAAAACGGAUUACAAAACCCGAAGAGAAAGGAGGCAGAGAAAGGGAGAGGCGACAGACGGAAGAAGAGAAGCGCGGUCGCGGGAGAAAGAGAAAGAGGAAGGGAACGGGAAAGAUAAGCAAAAGGAAAAGGAGAAAGAGGAGAAGGAAAGAGAGGGAGAGAGCGAGCCACGGUGAUCCCGCGCCGCAGGAAAUCGCACGGGCGAACGAUACACGGUGGAGAUACGGUGUUCGAGCACGAGCUCCGGAUCGUCCCGAGGGUGAACAUCGAGUGGACAGCGGCGGUGUCGUGAAAGAAGUCGCAGCCGAGGAGGAGAAAAGAGGAAAUGCGCGGAGUGCUCGGUACGCCGGACGUCGGUGUCGGAGGACGAGUUUGAAAGACGAUCCGGAUGUGGCUGGAUCCACUUGUUUUCUUCAUCGGCUCCGUCGACAAGCGUUUUUCGAAGGCUCCCGCAGCUGUGCGCGGAUCGCUUUCUGAUCGGUUUCGUCCUCGGCGUCUCCUCCCGGGGCCUCCGCAAUAAGAUCGCGGCGAGAGCUUGCGAGCGCAGCACGGAGACACGCGGCCGAGCGGAAUUAAAAGUGCGCUUAAAAAGGUUAGCGGGAUAAAAAAGGCGCGCGCGCGAAAGGAUAAGAGAAAGGAAUAGGAGCCACCUCCGAGUCCUUGAGAGUACCCAACGGGUAAAAGUGCCGCGCACGGAGCCAGCCGGUUGACCCUGGGCAGCCAACGGAGCAGACCCCGUUGGAAAAAAGUUCUCCAUCGUCGUCGACGUCGCCGUCAUCGUCGUUCUCGUUGCCGUUGUCGCCUGCGAUCGUGCCCGUAAUUCCCGCGGCACCUUUCUCCUUCAUCCCUGGAUCGGAGCCGUUGCGAAACAGUAAAUCAGGUGUCGAGACACAUCUCUCGGCGAUCACGUGUGUGCGCGCGAUAUACGCGAGACAGAAUGUCCGUUCCUCUGUGAUCAUCGUCGCGGCCAGCCGAACAACAGCCAGCGAUUUUCAUCGAUUCGCGCGCGAUCGAUCGGAUUCCGGGCCGUGUUGUUCCCUCCCCGAAAUAUCCGCUUCGCGACGAUCCAGCUUUCACGUGCCGCGACUAUGAUGUGGACGUGCACGCCGGUGUGAAGUGAUCCAGUGCUGGGCCACCGAUAUUGUUCCGGUUUUUGUCGCGGGCCGUCCUCCCGCGGCCGACCCGUACCGUCUCCUCGUUUUGUUCCCGGUUCAACCGUUUCGUCUGCGUUCCACCACGACGUGCCGUGAUCUAUUUCUCGGUAGUGAUCCACGCUACGGUAUAUCAAUGUACGUCACGUGUAUGCACCGUCGUCGUCCUCGCCGCCGCUAUCACGGGAUUUCGGGUCGUCGGCUCGCGAAGAUGCUGCGUGACUCCUCAAGAGAGUCUUAACGGAAAAUAUCGCGUUCGCCGAAUUUUGUUGUUCCCUUUGGAUACCAUAUUGGAUAAAGUGCGGACGAUUCGAAUUACAAGAAAGCGGCCGUUUAGUUUCCAUCGACCUGAUAUCAAAGCGUCUAACAUCGUAGCCUUCGAUCUUCAAUAUGUCCCUCACGAUGUAUACUGACGGUCUCCUAACACUUCAUUAUGGGAAGCAUCCAGCGACCUUGGCCGCGGAGGUCGGAGCCUGGUACACCGGGGACCGUCACGUGGACGUGACGUUGGCUUGCGACGACGGGUCCGUCGUCAAGGCCCACCGCGUCGUUUUGGCAGCAGCUAGUCCUCUCUUGGCUGGUCUCCUCCGCAACCCCGCCUUGGACCAUGUGGUCCAUUUAUCCGGAGUCCGGAAAACCCAGCUGACUCACCUGCUGGAAUUCCUUUACAAUGGAGAAGCUCUCAUUCCGUCGACGGAACUGACGCCUUUGAGAGAGCUGUUCGAGCUUCUCCAAAUCAAGUCGGAGUUGUUCGAACCGAACCAGCCCCAGACCUCCAGCAACUCGGACCCCGAGAGGAUACCUACCCCUCAGCCCUCGGAGGGCCAGGAAAGCUCGAGCUACGAGUCGCAGUACGACGGCAGGCAGUCCAACAACCCCGCGGACUGCUGCUCGGUGCUCAUCAAAACUGAGGGCUGCGAGGAGGAGCCGGAAGUCGACGUGGAGGGCAUCGAGGGCGAGGCGCUGCUCACGGAGAACAGGGAGAGCAAUAUAGAACCGCCCCGAAGGAGGGAUAGCUCCGAUCCUGUGAACCUCAGUUUAAAUUCCGGGACCUCCACUACCAGCGAAAGUUCGCACGACAUUCUACCUAGGCCAGAAAAACAGUUAUUAGAGAGGCGAGAAUCUCUAGAGGAAGUGGAAGAGAAGAGGAGACAACUGACGGCGCGACUCGCGUUAGGCUUAGAACCAGGAAAGCGGAAACCAGAAGAAAUACCUAUCCCACCUGCGGAGGCGUACGUCGUCACUCCCCAUCGGAAACGAAGGCCAGGCUUUCACAAUGCACCCGCUCAGAAUCCGGCUUUCGUACCGUUCAAUCCUGGAUUCGAGACGCCGAGGCGGUUACAAGCGCCACAUCCUCUCAGUGUCUCGGCACCACCGUACCUGCAGGAUAGAUCAGUGACACCUCCAGGAGCAUCGCACCGGCCACCGAGCGCGGAUCCAGCGUCGGCGGCGGGUCUUGAACCACCUUGGGGCUCGUGGGCCUUGCCACCAGCGAGGGCCCCACCGCCGCCACCGUCGGAUGACCCGCCGAAAUCGACCCCCGUUCGCGAGUAUCGGUGCAGUUAUUGUGGCAAACAGUUCGGAAUGUCCUGGAACUUGAAAACCCACCUACGAGUGCAUACGGGCGAGAAACCGUUCGCGUGUAGACUAUGCGUGGCCAUGUUCAAGCAGAAGGCCCACCUGCUGAAGCAUCUCUGUUCGGUGCACAGGGGGGUGAUCGCAGCCCCCGACAACACGUUCACCUGUUGCUUCUGCUCGUUGAGCUUCGACAGCUUGCAGGAGCUGAUCAGGCAUUUGUCGGGGCCGCACAACAACCUGCUGCUCAGCAAGAACCUGCACGACUAGCGACAAGGCUAAGGCCGCACCGGUGUCCGGGGAGUUCGAACGCGCGUCUCGACCGAACUCUCGAACCCUCGAAUCCGCGUACCCAACGCCAGGUCGCCGAUUCGAGCGGUCUCGAAACGCUGUCUGACCACCGAGCACGAGUGCCUUCGAAAAUUCACUAAUCGCGACAAGCUAGCUAGCCGUUCCCAGUAUUCGCGCUCCUCGACUCAGCAUUUCUCUUCUGUUGCUUUUAACGUGAAAUCGUUGGUCUGGAUAUUGAUCUCGAGAUGCGAAGGCAUUUACGCGUCCGCCUGGGAACCGCGAACCCUCCAAACGUUCUCGAAAAACGAAAGAAAGUAUAAAAGCUGUUCCAGAGGUGGAGGAGGAAGAGGGCGCGCGGUCGAACGUUUCGUAAAUGUUUGGAGUGCGCGUCGCGUGUCGCCGGCUGUUGUUUUUCUUCGCGAAGAGAACGGUGAUCGCGUGUAAACCGAGAUAAUAUAGGGAGAGGGAAAUGCGCCGAAUUAAAAUGCUUCUGGCUGUGCACUCGACGGGAACUGUAUCUGUAUAGCAAAAUAUCUGCGUUUCUUACGGAGGAGACAGCCACACGGGUACCGGAAGGGCCUUCGCCGGUAGCGUUAGACCGCGAUACUUCGUCGACGCGACGGUCGACGGCCACCAUUUAUUGUAAUAAGCGAUGACCAGUAACUCUGACCAAAUAACAUAUUUCCGACGGUCGACGACAGGCGGAAGUGUGUCGGGUAUGUUGACGGUCUCCACGGGGAAACGUUGUGAACGGGAAACCGUUAGGACGGCGACGACCACGAACAGUGAGAAAAUUCAUAAUCUUUGUACUUGUCGCGUAUCGCUCGUUUUCGAUGUGAUUCCCAACGUUUCCCGGCCGCGAUCACGCGACACUGACAAGAGGACGUCUCGUUUACCUCAGCGCGUGCGCGCGCGCGCGCAUAAACACACGCACAAAACACGCACACAACACAACACAUCCACACAAUACACACACACACACACACACACACACACAGACAAACACACACGCACGCAUACAAUCUCACAUGUAAAUAACGUUAAUGUUAAUAGUAGGAAACAAAGCGGACGGAUAACGAUUUUAUUUAUUUUACACUUUGCAAAGGGACCAACCGAUUUUCCACCGACUUCUGUCUUAGCUAGAUAUUAGGUGACCUGCCCCGUCAAUCGCCUCGAAUCGAAUGUCAAAAUUCCUGUCCAAAGGACGAACCCAUCGGUCAUCGGCGUUGCCCCGAUCCCCUCGGAGAGGAACAUUUUACCGGCGAGUCGCGAUAUCCCGGGUGAAACGCGACGACGUUCUCGUCGCGUCGGACAAAACGUUGCUGAUGUUCUUCCACGGAAAAUCCUCGUCUUCCAUUGCAUCGAUCGGUCGAUCCUUCUCUCCAUUCCCCAGCAACCCCGCAUUUUGUCCUGUACACUUUGUUCGUUCGGAAAACAAAACAAAACAAAAAAACAAACAAAAACGCACAGAGGAAAAGAUGAAACCGAAAUGAAGCGAAGCAAAGCAAGAAACAUGUUUGGUAAACUCAGCGACUCGAGUGCCUUGUCAAAUGGGUCCAAAUUGGUCGAUUGGGCAGUGAUUUCAUGUGUUCAUAGGCUUAAGAUACGUACACGUGUAAGAUGACGAAUACGAGCUCGCUUAGGAAUUGAAGGAAACGUUAAUCGAUCCCGCGUAGAAUGUUUUUGAAUAUCACUCGAAUUAAUCCAAGUUUCGUUAGGGUCUUAGAUAGAGAACAUUUUUUAAGUAGUAGCUUCUUGUUUCUGUAAUAAUUCCUCUCUUUACGUUUUAUUAUAUUAUUUUUUUUUUCUCUCGUUGGCGCAGGACGUCAUUUCUCUUUUUUAGGUAGGUAUUAUUACCUAAGGUGCCUUGAAGAAGGGCCUCAACCUCUUUUUAACACCUUCAACCACGAACGGAAACCAUUCGACGUUUACGGCAUGUCAUCGUGUUUUAUUAUAUAAAUACAUUCCACCACAUCGGACAAGCGAUAAUCGCCGGCAAGCCGAUUCGUUUUAAGCAGUUCGACGAAAUUGUUAUGUUCAACGAUUGUUGAGAAAUACACGGAUUCAUUUUUCCAAGCAAGUUCUCUCCUUCCUUUCUGACGGCAAUCUGCGGGACCACUCUCGUGUCCCGGAUGCGCAAAAGGAUGGUAAAAAGAGGUUCGAGGGGUGGUGUGCGCUCUCAUUAAGCCAGACAAAACACGGCCAGCACAAAACAGUGAACGCAAUGUGAUACUAAAUGAUAAUAAAGAUAAAGUAAUUAUUAUUUAGCGUGCGACGCCUCGGCGAAUGGCACGAGCGCAAUCCGCGGCUCCGUCAGGAAAAGACUCUGGCUCCUAUCUGGUGGAAGACCGAUCCUUUUUCCUGCGAGCCGCCCGAAUAACUUUUAGUGACCAACGUUUCGUCGUUUCUCUCUUUAUCAGCCCCUUUUCUUCCUCGAAAUCCCGAUCCAAACCCCCUCGUCCCCCUCUUCUCGAGUCGUAAGUGCACUAGGGUUACGUAUACAGAUUAUUUUACCGUUCAUUAGUUACGUUUAUCUCGCGUAUGCAUACACGCGCGCUCGCGGCCAGAUGUCGGAGAAGGACGCAAUCGUCUUUUCGAAAGAUUUUCAAAGCACGCGGGUCUUCGAGGACCCUUGACUCGAUCGGGACGGAGCGACGGUAUGGAGAGAGAAUCAGAUUCUCGGCGAGCACGCGCGCGGAACAGUCAUUUUUUCGCGGACCGAGCGGCUCGCGGGCUGGUUAUGCUUCCGUGUAACAAUGCAAACUGCUAGGGACAAGUCCGACGAUUUUUCUCUGUCGUAGAACUCGUAUCGAGUGACUCGGGGCUUCGUUCCACUGCGAAUCGCCGCGGGCAUGGCGCUCGAUCGGCCGCGAGCCGUCUCACACUCGAGGAUUUUCAAAUUUUAGCAAUUUCAUGUUCUUUUCGAUAGAAAACCACUCGCCUUUCGUUGUCGUCAAGUGUUACACCCCUCUUUGGCUCUGCAAACGUUGCCGUUCAAAACGUGUUCCGUCCUUCGGACAUUUGGCCAGAGUUUCGUAGAUUUUAAGCAUCUUCCGAGCGGAUACCGUUUCCGCGUGCUUUCUUAGUGUUCAUAGGUUUACAAAAAAUAAAUUAAUUCAAACAA